ACAGAUUACACAAAACCAUUUCUCUCCCAAUAUCACACACAAGAAAUCUCCAUGGCAGUUACAUCAGGAAAAGAGUUAUCAAAUACAUACACAGAAACUAUACAAGAAAUCAUGAAAACAUACAAAUCACUUCCACCAAGACCCACAAUAGAAGAGGUUGAAGCAGCCAUAUCUGUGAUCAAAACAGUCAACAUGGAAGAAAAACAGAAACUUGAUGAAAUCUCCACCCAAAUCUGCCCAGAAGAUACCCCACCAGAGCUUUUUUCUAUCCUUAAAAAGGUCAGACAAACCAUGGUCAUGUUUCAGAGCCAAGAACAGAAGAAAGAAGCUAUGCAUGUUGUGGAGUUUGACAAGAUUUAUCAGACCUUUGAUGAUUUGAUACAGAGAGCUUCUAAGUGUGUUUCUGGAGAUACCCAGUUGGAUAAAGAAGAUGAUUUGAAAUACCCAGGUGGUAAUCAGUUGGAUAAAGAUGAUGAUUUGAAAUACCCAGUUGGUAAUCUUGAAAAAGUUGUGAUUAGUGAUGGAAGUUUGUUGAAUUCUAGAAAGAUUAAUAAAGUUGAAAGCUUUAAGGGCUUAGUCAAGAGUGCUUCAACAAAAGCCACCAUUUUUCCUGCAGGUGUAGAAGAGCCUGAGAAAUUGAGUAUGAUGAAAGUAGCAGCCUUGAUCGAAACCGUAGCGAAACAAGGGGGGAAAAUUCUUGAUCUUCAAUCAAAACUAAUGGAAAACAUAGAAUGGCUUCCUGUAACAAUUGGAAAACUAUCAAACAUCACUGAACUUAAUCUAUCCGAUAACAAACUCACGGCUCUACCAUCGUCGAUCACCAAUCUUACCGCUCUAACGAAGCUUGAUGUCCACUCAAACCAGUUAACCAACCUACCCGACUCGUUUGGUCAACUUGUCAACCUACUCGACCUUGAUCUCCACGCAAACCGGUUAAAAUCUCUCCCAGACUCAUUCGGGAAUCUUUCAAACUUGGUUAACCUUGAUUUAAGCUCGAACCACUUCACUCAUUUGCCGGACUUCAUAGGUAACUUAACCUCUAUGCAAAUCUUGAUCGUCGAAACAAAUGAUCUUGAAGAACUUCCUUACACAAUCGGAUUGUGUGCUUCACUUGUGGCUCUUAAACUAGACUUUAACCAACUAAAAGCGCUCCCCGAAGCAAUUGGAAAGCUCACAUGCUUGGAGAUUCUUACUUUACACUACAAUCGCGUACGAAAACUGCCUACAACAAUGGCAAAUCUCACCAAGUUAAAGGAGCUUGAUGUUAGUUUCAAUGAACUAGAAGCGAUACCCGAAAGCCUUUGCCUUGCAACCAACUUGGAAACCCUCAACAUCGGUAAGAACUUCGCUGACAUGACAGCUUUACCGCGAUCAAUUGGUAAUCUUGAAAACCUGCAAGUGCUUGAUAUAAGUGGUGAUCAGAUAAGAUCUUUACCUGAAUCUUUCGGGUUGUUGUCAAAGUUGAAAAUAUUCCGAGCCGAAGAGACCCCACUCGAGGUUCCACCAAAGGAAAUCACCAAGCUAGGUGCUCAGGCUGUUGUGGAAUACAUGGCUGAUUUGGUUGUGAGGAUGAAUGCUAAACCUCAAGAAAUGAAUAGAAAGCGCAAAGGAUUUUGGUCAUGGAUUUGCAGGAUCUUUUCAUGCUGAAAGGGUUUGAUUAAAAUUAUUAUUUGGAGAUAAUCUUUAUUUCAUACUUUGUAAAAAUGUAAACUUGUUGUCUAAAUAUCUAGUGUCACAUAUCCCACAUACAAUAGAUUAAGAAGUUGACAAAGUGUUCAUGAAUGAAUGAACAUAAGCCAAGUCUGUAUAAAAAAUAAACUUGAAUUUUCCUUAAAUUUUUUUGUGUACAAUAUUUAUUCCUGAACAAUCCCAAUAGUACGUGGAGUCUAUUUUUUGUGUG